AUGUCUAAGGAAGAGAAAUCAGAAAGGGAACUCCAACCAACUCACGGCGUUGUUGACUACGCAUCUGAUUAUAGGAGAGUUGUGAAAAAUGAGAGCGACGUAAUUGAGUCGGCCAAGUAUUUUAUGGGAUUGCGUAGAAGUCACCUCUCCGAGAUCUUGGGGGAAUAUGAUAAUUUUGUGGACAACAUGGACAUCAAAACAGCAGGAACUAUUUUGAACGAGUUCUUGUCCCCAAAAUGCACUCUGUUGGAGUUUGAGUUCAAGAAUCUCACAAAGAACGGCAGAGAUGAACAUGCCGCCGGGAACAAUGGUGCUCAUGAAAACAUGAAUGAAAUCUGGCAGAAACAUAUUCUCGGAAGAGUUCUCACUAACAAACCAGAAAACGAGUUCGUUGUUUCGAUACCAGCCAACGCAAAGUCCAUGUUUGGUCAAAGUUCCAAUGACGCAGGCAAGAGAGAUGCAACUGAAUCUGAGAGAAAAUGCACGUGCCAACAACUAGAAGAGAAUAAAAAGAGAAACCAGAUGGAAAUUUUUCUGAUUUACAAACGUAUCAAGUGGUACUUCCGUAACAUUGACAUCCAAAAACUUCCUAUUUCCGAGGAGAAAAGAGAAGAGCUCACAAAAUGUCUACAGAUGUUUAGCAAAUCGUUCGCAGCAACCUGGAAGGCCUGCAACUGUCUAGUGUACAUGGAAAUCAUUGAAUCAGUUAGAGCUGAUCCGUCCAAAACCAUCUCAGUUCUGUUCGACAAAACAAGCAAGCUUAUGGUUGAGGACCAAUACGAUCUUGUCUCUGCGGAAUCAUCUGAUUUGCUCCAAGUUGCUAAUCUCUUCAUCGAAAAAUAUCGUGAAGGAGCUGAUGAGGAUGCUUUGUUCAAAUCCGGCUUUGGCUAUCUCAGCUGCAAACUACAGUUGGUGAAGAUCAAGGAAGAGAACAAUCCAUCCAUUUUGAAUGUCGCAGCUUGCUUGGCAGAGUUGGAAGAGAAAAUAAUUGAAAUCUAUGAUACAUUAUCCGAAAUGUACGAUUUUUCUACAGUCCAAUUCUAA